AUGUCGAGCUUCAGUGACUGCGCAGUGUGCGGCGAUCAGAGUUCCGGGAAGCACUACGGCGUGUCCUGCUGCGACGGCUGCUCGUGCUUCUUUAAGCGGAGCGUAAGGCGGGGCAGCAGCUACUCCUGCAUCGCCCUCGCCAGGAAUUGUGUGGUGGACAAGGCGCGGAGGAACUGGUGCCCCUCCUGCCGCUUCCAGCGCUGUCUGGCCGUCGGAAUGAACGCCGCCGCCGUGCAGGAGGAGCGCGGUCCAAGGAACCAGCAGGUGACGCUCUACCGGAACUCCCGGCGGCCUCCGCCGCAAUCCUUGCCAGCUUCGUCGCCCACGCCCCACUCCCAGGCUAUACACUUCCAGAUUCUUGCCCAGAUCCUCGUCACCUGCCUACGACAAGCGAAGUGCAACGAGCAGUUCGCCCUCCUGGACCGCAGCCAGCAGGACGCCAUCCUGCAGGUGGUGUGGGGCGAGAUCUUUGUCCUGCGGGCAUCCCACUGGUCCUUGGACAUCAGUGGCAUGAUCGAAGGAUGCGGCGAUGAGCAACUCAAGCGCCUCAUCUUCGACGCCCAACAGUUGAAGGCCGACGUGCUGGAGCUCAACUUUCUGGAGUCCCUAAUCCUCUGCAGAAAAGAACUGGCCAUUAGUGAGGAGUACGCCCUUAUCCUAGGAAGUCACUCAAACGCCGCCUUGGUUUCCUUGGCACGUUACACCCUGCAGCAAUCAAAUUAUUUGCGGUUUGGACAGCUCCUUCUUGGUCUGAGGCAACUCAGCUUGCGACGCUUCGACUGUGCAUUGUCCUGUAUGUUUCGCACAGUGGUUAGGGACAUACUGAAAACACUUUAG